UGGCGGAGGUCAGACUGAAAAUUGGUAUGGGAGCCUACAGAAUUCUUAAAAACACAUAUAAACAGUUGCCUCUAGGGAUUGAGGGCAACCAAGCUAAAAGCGCAAUACAAGCCACAAGCUUGCUGACAGAAUAUCGGUCUGGCGAAGCUCAAAAUGACCAUGAUAAUACAGCCCGGCUCGGCAACUGGACACCGUUGCAGUCUCUCGGAAUUCCUGAGGAGACUUUAGGAACUGAGAACUCAAGGUCCCUCCGCACACUCCCCGAUGGUGGAUUUAAGAUUGGAUUUUGCCACGACCUUAUAUCAAAAUGCGGUGAGGCAGAAUUACAGUUUGGUUCUGCAUGGAGGAAUAAUUUGUCAGACAGUGAGGAUAUAAGACUACUCGAUAAACAAAGUGCUUCAGGGUGGUUUUAUCUCAGUUCACCUCACCUGGCCGACACACAGGUCCAUGUUAUUGCCUCUAGAGCCUCAAGCUGGAGAAGAAACGGUCUUGUGACGGACACCACAACUCAAACCAGGCGCGAGCAGAGAAGAUCUCUGUGUAUGGUGAGAUUUGCUAACAGACAGUCAAGCUUUAGUUUGCGGCUGUGUCAUGAGCAGUUAUUUGUGAGAGCUUAUGGAAACGGCAACAUGUCUGAGCCCCUGUAUAAAAGCAGAACGGCAUAUUAUGAAAUCCUUGAGGUGUCUCCAACCGCCACACAAGCUCAGAUCAAGACAGCUUACUACAAGCAGUCUUUCAUCUACCACCCAGAUAAGAAUGCAGGCAGUGAGGAGGCUACGAACCGCUUCUCCAACAUCAGCGAGGCUUACAACGUGUUGGGCAACAAGGGGCUGAGGAAGAAAUACGACCGAGGCAUUCUGAGUCAGGGAGACGUUACUGGAGCGAGCAAACCUUCCACGAAGGACACCAAGAGCUCCUCAUCUCAGCCAACAAGGGAGGCACGCCAGUCUUCCGCCUUGGGGAUAGACAGCAAGAACAUUUUCGACUUCGACAACUUCAUCAAAUCCCACUACAAAUCCCAGCUCCUGAGAGAGGAGGAGCUGCGAGUUAGGAAGGAGGAGAUGAUGAGGAAGAAAGAGGCCAUCAAAGACCGGGAGCUGGGCAAGAUGAUGGAGAUGGCUGUUGGGGUGUUGGUUGUCAUGGCAGUGUCUAUUCUGGUCAACUUGAAACAGGGAGGAAAUUGAUUUAGCAAAAUGACACUGGACAAGCAUAGGAGGGCAUUAUUUUCAUCCACACUAUAGGAUUCAUAUGAGAAGGCUGAGUGCAAUGGUAAGGGACAUACCUUGUGCCAACUUGACACACCCUUGAUUGGUUUCCAUCUGUUCCAUUCUUGCUGUAUCCAGAUGUCCUAAUGAAAGCUGCUUAACCUAAGAAUAUAGGUCAAAGGUUAAUGAUACUGUAAUAGAAGCUGAUGAUUGAGUGAUUACUGGUGCAUUGGGUAGAGCUGUUCCGCAAUCACAAGGCGGCACUCAACCACUUGUGUGUUUGCAUAUCGUUCACUAGAAAAUAUAAACAUUUACUUUGUUCAAAUGGAAAUUGUUGGAAGUUUGAUGUAGGAAGUGAUAGUGAGGAACCGAAGCAUAUUGGUUUAGGCCUAUAUUGAAGGUUUUAUUUUUUUUAAGUUUUUGAAACCCUGCAACAUUUAAAGAUAUGUGUUGAUUGA